AUGGUAGAGAGCAGCAAGAGGAGUGGUGAAUACAAUGAGGCACUCAGACGAGCAUACUACUCUGACGUGGCAGAGAGAUACGAGGACAUGGCUGAACACAUUCUGGAUGCAAUCAGACUGGCUCACGAUGGGCACAUUGAGAUGGAUUCAGAAAACAGAAACUUCUUCAGUCUCGCCUUCAAGAACAUCGUAGGGAAGAAGAGGAACAGUUGGAGGAUGCUACAAAGUGAGAGACAGAAGAGCCCAGAUGAUGCGGUGGUGAUUGAUGGGAUAUUGAAGAAGGUGCGGGGUGAGUUAGAGACGUACAUUGGAAGGGUGCUUGAUACGAUUGAGAAGUAUUUCAGGGCUGAUGAGAUUCAGGAGACUGGGAGCAAGGUGUUUGUGACGAAGAUGAAGGGCGACUACCUGAGAUACAGGGCUGAGAUAUGCGAGGGAGAGGCACGGAAGAAGGCUGCUUCUGGGGCAUUGGAUUCGUACAGCGAGGCAAGGAAGUACGCCGAGACACUUCCGCCUACUGAUCCAGUUCGACUUGGUCUCCACCUCAACUUCUCAGUCUUCUACUACGAAAUCAUGAAUGACGCAGAAGAAGCAUGCAAGUUGGCUAAGGAGGCAUUUGAGACUGGGAUUUCCGAGUUGGAUCGGCUCAAGGAGGAGCACUACAAGGACAGCACCUUGAUGCUCCAGCUGCUUCGAGACAAUCUGACACUGUGGACCACCAGAAAUGAGGUGAAGAAUGACAAGUAA